UUUAAUAAAAAAAAAAAAUCCAGUCCAAUAGUAGCUUGUCCAUCUUGUAUCAUGUAUGAUACAAGUUACUUAUCAGUGUUGAGUCACUGAGUUUUAGUAUGUGUAGUUAAGACUCCUCCCUUCUUCAAUAGCCUGAUAAAUUAUUUCAAAUCGCAAGCUGUGAUGAUCAAGGAAAAGAAAGCUGCACCCUCCUCGUUGGGAUCAUUUCAUGUGCAGACAUGGGCAACAAACCUUCAAGGCGUUAUCAACCAGAGGAAGAUGAGAGCACUGUUUUUAUUUCCAAGGAGAAUGAUGUUUACAGGAUACCUGCUCUUUUCUACGAUGGAGAUAGAAAAAUCCUGAUGGCCUUUGCAGAGAAGCGGAAGACGUCCGAUGAUGCCAGCGCAGUAGCCAUUGUCAUGAAGACAGGAAUAUUGAAGAAGGAUGAAACCACCCAUGAAGUGACAGUGAAGUGGUCAGAGCUCAAACUGUUGAAGGAGGCCAAUCUUGCUGGACACCGCCCCAUGAACCCCUGCCCGCUGUAUGAGAAAACCAGUAAGACACUCUUCCUCUUCUUCAUCUGUGUCGAAGGCACUGUUUCAGAGCUGUUCCAGAUAUGCUGCAACCGCAACAAAGCCCGUCUCUGCUACAUCACAUCUAAUGAUGGCGGACAAAGUUGGAGUGAAGUGACUGAUUUGACGGACACGCUGGAUGAAAUCAAAAGCUGGGCCACAUUUGCUGUCGGGCCAGGCCAUGGUAUCCAGACAGACGGCGGUAGAUUGAUUGUCCCAGUGUAUGGGUAUGCCUCUUGCUCCCCCUCAUGCUGCUGUUGUAUUAAAUUCUACUGUUGUACCCCAUAUGCACUCUAUCUGUACAGUGAUGAUAAGGGCAAAACAUGGCAAUUUAGCAGCAGGAUCCAAAAAGUAUCAGUUGAAUGUGAGAUGGCAGAGUUGUCUGAUGACAGAGGCCUCAAGUACAUCUACUGCAAUGCCCGCAGUAAGGGGGGCUACAGAGUAGAAGCUCUUGAUAAAAAUGAUGGGGCUGGUUUUAUCACCCUCCCACCUACUGACAAGCUUGUUGAAACAGGUGGAGGCUGUCAGGGAAGUGUGGUGUCCUUUCCUGCUCAAAGUGAAGCGGCUGGUGCAAAUGAUGAUCAGAACCAGAGCCCAAACAAGUGGCUGCUCUUCACACACCCGAGCAGUAAGUCCAAACGCACAGAUUUAGGGGUGUAUUUGAACAAAUUUCCAAGCGACCCAAAUGCAUGGAGCAAACCCUGGAUCAUUAAUAGUGGACCCAGUGCUUACUCAGACCUGGCUUACACUGGUGAUGGAUGGUUUGCUUGUCUGAUGGAGCGUGGGAAGCACAGUGAGAUUGAGCAGAUAGCCUGCAAGGUUUUCAGCUACAAUGAUGUAAAGAAGGGCAUUGAGAAGUGAAAAACUGUCACUUUAUCAUGUCACAGCAUACUCAAUGACACCAAAACAAAAACAUUUUGUUUACU